AAGGUUGCACCUGACGUUCGAAAAACGACCUAGCUGCUGCCCUAGUGCUUUUCAGCCGUUUCUGGUAGCCAAUAGGAGCUGAGAGUCAAAUUGACAACUAACUCAUUGAAAGUUCGAAGUCACAAGAGAUAUCCACCAGAGAAACAUCUUUUAUACUGGUAUUGGUUAUUCGAAAGAGAGACUUCAUAAUAACUUACUGACACUGGCUCUAUAGUUAGCCAUCAACUCAUACAGUAGCUUUACUUUAGAAUACCACACUAUAGUUUACUAUAGCGUUCCCAUUAUAGCUUGUCAUCCUUACUAAUUUCCCUGUUGUUUGUCGUUUAUCUGACCAUACCAUUAUCAUUAUUGUUAGCUAUUGUCACAUCAAUAGUGAUUCAUUUCCUACAAUUGUCACCUCAACACAUAGUAAUCAUUCAAUUGUUGGUUGUUUGAUUCGAACUUCAUAAUCUACCCAGUAUCAUUCAAGUGUGGUUCUAGUAUCGCUUAGAACACUCUUAUCAAUUCGUAUCAUAGUAUCAUUUGUCAGUAUCAACUACAAUACUGCUAUCCAUUAGUUUCUUCCACUAUUUAUUAGUAUCAUCUACCUCAUUUACGUCAUCUAAUAUCUAUAGUCUACUUCCAUCAUGCCUGACAAACACAAACUCAAGCUCUUCCGCAAGGCUGAAGACGACUUGACACCUUCAACCUCCAACCACUCCUCUGUUGGAAGUAGAAAGUUUCUUGGUUUCCACAUUGGAAGACACGAGUCUGGUGAGUCCCUCACUUCACCAACUCUCACGAACUCUUCAGACCACCAACAGACUCACUACAACAACCCUGCUACGACUAUUGUAAGUGCCAGUGGAAUCCAUUCUCCUUUUGCAGCGGGCUCUGGCUCUGGCUCUGGCUCGCUCGGAUCUCAACCAAUCGUUUCUCCACAGCCGCAAGUUCAUGCCUCAUAUCUCAACAAACAGGACUCGAAUCAUACGUUCAUGAAAUCAAACUCAAUGGUUGAAUUGAAACGUUUCUUCAAGCCAAGUAAGAAAACAACUUCUAAUACUCGUAAGCAUGAUUACUCUAAUCAACUCCACUCACCACCUCCAAUGGUUAGUGGUAAGGAAAUUAUGGGAAAUGCUCUCAACAGCGGCCACCCAAGUCGUGAACCCUCUUCUACAAGUUUAGCUACGUUGAUUAAUCAGACGUCGUCGCAGUUGCUUCAUAACGCUUCUCACCACCACUCUUCUGGAAAGGAUCCCUUCACAGAUGACAACUCGCCGCUUGUGAAAAAGUACGGUAAAAUGGGCAAAGAGUUGGGAAGCGGUGCUGGUGGUUCUGUAAGGUUGAUCACGAGACCAUCUGAUUCCAAAACUUUUGCUGUUAAAGAGUUCAGACCCCGUAGAAGUACUGAAACACUUAAGGAUUACACCAGAAAGUGUACUGCCGAGUACUGUAUCGGUUCUACAUUGAAGCAUCCCAACAUUAUCAAGACAAUUGACAUCAUUCACGAGAACAGCAGGUACUUUGAAAUCAUGGAAUAUGCUCCAAUUGACUUCUUUGCUGUUGUGAUGAGUGGAGAAAUGUCACGACAAGAGAUCAAUUGUUGUCUCAAACAGAUAUUGGAAGGAGUCAGCUAUUUGCAUAACUUGGGAUUGGCCCAUCGUGAUUUGAAGUUGGACAAUUGUGUGAUAACCGAUGAAGGUAUUCUCAAGAUUAUUGACUUUGGUUCUGCUGUUAUAUUCAAGUACCCAUACGAUCAGUAUGGCAACAACAAGGAUACGAUUCAUCCUUGUCAUGGAAUAGUUGGAUCUGAUCCGUAUUUGGCUCCUGAAGUGUUGUUAAGCCCCAACUCGUAUAACCCUCAGCCUGUAGAUCUCUGGUCAAUUGCUAUCAUUUACUGUUGUAUGACUCUUAAGCGUUUCCCUUGGAAGAUUCCCAACGCUGAAAAGGACAACAGUUUCAAGCUCUACAAUUUACCAGAUGACAACUGGCACGACUACUACUUGUCAAAUGAAUGCCAUAAGUUGUUACUUCAACAGAGGAAGUUCAAGAACAUGAUAGUGAGACUGAAUAAGAAGAAGAAGAUGUUAGCAGACCAGGAAAGCGGAGAAAAUAUGGAACAAUCUGAAUCCGUUUCAGGAGAUGCUGGGUCUCGCGCUGUUGCAGAAGCAAUUGUUGUUGAUAACGCCAUAGGAGACGCAGAUUCAGAUAAGUUCUCAAACAAAGAAUCUCGGAAAGAAAAGAAUCUUGAUAAUGCAGAGGUCUUGACGGAAGAGCAGGUUCAAGAAGUGCUUGCGCAGUUGAAAGAGAUAGAUGACAAGCUUGAGGAGUAUGAAAAGAAAAAGUCAGACAUGAAAUCAGCAUUCGUAGAACAACAGAACAAAUUGAAAUCUUCUUCAGAAGCUGGCGAAGGUUCCGAUGUAGCUUCGGGUCCAGAGAAAGAACUCUCGCCGGGACCAGGCUCGUCGUCACUGGCUACCAAGAAGAAACCACAACACAAGCAGAUUCAUGGACCAUAUAGAUUGAUGAGAUUACUUCCCCAUGCCUCUCGUCCUAUCGUACACAAGAUGCUCCAGGUAGACCCAAGAAAGAGAGCAACCUUGGAGGAGAUCAUGAAUGAUGAGUGGAUCCGCGAGAUAAAGUGUUGCACGUUGAAGAAAGUAGCCCGUAGUGCUGAUAAUGUAGGAGUCAACUUUGACGAAGACGAAGACGACGUUUUAGUCAAAGGAGUUCCUCCACAUGACCAUACUAUUGUGUUGGAAAGCCAGUGAUAGUCACAAAAGGUCUGUCAUAGUCAUGUAGUUUAGUUCUUGGGAUUUAUUUAGAAUAUUUAUUGUAAGGGUG